AUGGAUGCUUCCAAGUACACUCUCAAGCUGAGAGGACAGAGGGUUCUCAUCGUUGGAGGCUCCUCCGGGCUCGGCUUUGCAGCUGCAGAAGCCAGCAUUGAAAAUGGUGCCUCUGUCUUGAUAUCGUCCUCGUCACAACAGAAGGUAGACAAAGCAGUUGAACGGUUGCAACAAGCAUAUCCAUCAGCAAAGGACCGUGUUUCGGGAUAUGCUUGCAACUUAUCCGACCAGGCGGGCCUCGAAAAGAAUGUGGUAGACUUGUUGGAGAAGGCAGGCACUUUAGACCACAUCAUCCAUUCUGCUGGCGAUCCCCUCAGUAUCAAGCCCUUGGCAGAAAUCACCAUCGACAUGGCCAUCCAAGCCUCAAUGGUUCGCUUCUAUGCACCUCUCAUGAUCGGAAAACAUGCAGCCAAAUACAUGAACCCUGGCCCAAGGUCCUCGAUCACGUUGACUACAGGUGGCAUCAUCGACCGACCGAUGCCGAACUGGAUCCUCCCAGGCACGACGAUGUGUGCUGUGGAUGGCUUGAUGCGUGGUCUUGCGCUUGACCUGGCUCCAAUCAGGGUCAAUAUCGUCAAUCCUGGUGCUGUGGAGACUGAACUCUGGAAUCAUAUGUCCAAGGAGGAAUUCAAGAAGCUUAAGGAACACACCGAGAAGAACGUCCCAACAGGACGAUUGGGACAGCCGGAAGAUGUGGCAGAGGCUUAUCUCUACUUGAUGAAGGACAUGAAUGUGACCGGAAUAAGUAUCAGAACGCAAAGUGGUUCCUUGCUGAAGUAA